AUGGCGCCUUCCACAUCCGAUCGAGAGCACAACGGUGAGGCGAGCAGCAGCGGGGCGGGCUCAAAAUCGAAGGACAAGGAGCGGCCAAGGUCCUUUGACGAGAAGACGCGGACUGCGUGCUGGCGUAAGGCGGCAGUGCUGGCAGGGCGACACCCAGAGCGGUGGCGGCAGGACGCCGCUGGCAACGUGGUGUGCCGCCGCUUCUGGAGCUGCCACGGCUGCCUCUGCUAUGAAUACGAUCACAUCAUUCCCUUCUCCAAAGGAGGGGAAUCUACUGUUGAGAAUUGCCAGAUCCUUCAGACUAGGGUGAACCGUUCCAAGUCUGAUAAAGCAUGGGUGGAGAAGGCAGAGAUGCAAGGCUUUUCCUGCGAUAUCAAGUUCACAGACAAGGAGCUUGAUGUAAUCGAGAUGGCAGUCUAUGGGGAUGUCAUUCGUCCUGGCAAACAAUGUCGCUGCAAGACCGUAGCUGAGAUGCUUGGACAGGGAGGGCAAUCAUCGUCAAACUGCUGA